CUUUUGGCCUUUUGUGUCUUAUUUUUCAACUCCUUGUCCCAUAAAAUAAAGUUAACACAACAAGAAUAUAAAGAAAGUAAGCACCAUAAUAUUCCUCACUUCCAUCUCUUAAACUAAAACCAUUGCAAUACAAAUGGAAUAUCAAUGUAACCCUCUUAAUUGGGAAUUCUAUAACCAUGAUGAGGGAUUAUUAGAGGACUUGAAGCAUUCACUUCUAUACACAACUUUAGAGCUAGAAGCAACUAUUGCAUCUGCCAAAGAAGAGAUUACAAAGAAAGAAUAUGAACUAAUUAAUGCUAAUGAUCUUUUAAGCAGAGUCAUCAAAGAAAGAGACGAAGCCAGAGCAAAAUGCCAUAACCUAAUGCUUGAAAAACAAGAGUUUCAAAUUGAGAACAAAUCACAAAGUGAAAAUGAACAUUCAGCACCAAAUGCUUCUUCUUCGGAUUGCGAAGAAAAUAGUUCAACAACACUACCGACACAGUUUCAAGCAGUGUUGGAAUUAGCAGAGAAGAAACCGUUGCCGAAGAAAGGAAAGUUUUUGAAGGCAGUGGUUGAAGCUGGACCAUUGUUGCAGACACUUCUUCUGGCUGGACCGUUACCACAGUGGCAACAUCCACCUCCACAGAUGAAUUCAAUUGAGAUUCCACCGGUUUCGAUUUCGUCUCCGAAGGAUCUUUCUUUGAGACAGAAAAGGGAUUUUGUGUUCUCUUCAGGUUCUGAUUGUUCUGUUUCAAAGUGUAGAAAAGUUGUUCAGAACUUGCCAACAAUAUCUACCAUUGUCUCAAAUCAUUUCCUACCAAAUCCACCAUUUUCAUAGGAAGAAUGCUAGCAAGAGUUACUUUAUCACUCUCUUUUUAAUAAUCUCGAACUUAUCGAGUUAAAUUGAUCGAUGGAUUUCAGAUCAAUGUGAAUUUAACUCGAUAAAAGAGUGUUGAAAAUAGAGUGUUACACAGAAUGGUAAUAGUAAUUUUCUUUUUGUAAUGUUUUAAUGUUGCAUAAGAGAGAAUCUAUUGUUGGCAUUUAAUGUUUUCCUAAUUAAGAUACUGUGUUAUUAUGUAUAUAUUUGGUUAAAUGAGGUUGAAUUAUUAGGAAAUUGUUAGGAUUUAGGAAUUGAAAAAUGUCAUUUUAAGUUGUGACACAAUUUUGUACUGUGGUAGAAAGAGGAUGGGGUGACUAGGCUUUAAAUGGCAUGGUUCUUAAUUGAAGGUUA